UGGUGUGGUGUCAGCUGGUCUGUAGGCAACUUCUACACGAAGAAGUACUCAAAAAGACAUUUAAAGGCGACAAAGUGGCAGCAUUAAAAAUAACAGGAGCGAAGGGCCACUCGGAGGCGCCUUCGUCAAGUCUCAUGACGGGGGUAGUGUAGUCGUGAUCCCUCCCGGGCUAGCUCACUAGCUGCUUAGCCAUUUGUUCGCAGUCAUGGCUUCUCGGCAGCCGAGUUCCAGCAGGCAGCGGGGCAAGAAACAACAACAACAACAGCAACAGCGGGACGACGACGAUGACAACGACUCAGACGCCGAGGAUACGAGCCCGAACCGCAGCCCCAGCCCGAGCCCGAGCCCCAGCCCGAGCCCGAGCCCGAGCCCCAGCCAGGGCCCGAGGAGGUCGCAGAUCAUCCACAGUGGACAUUUCAUGGUGUCGUCGCCGCACAGCGAGCACCCGCCGAAGAAAGGCUACGACUUCGACACCGUCAACAUGCAGACCUGUCAGACGUAUCACUUCGGCAAGGCCAGCACGUCUCACAUCUCCAUCGACGCCUCGCUCACCAGACUCUUUGAGUGCAUGACACUGGCCUACAGUGGUAAGCUGGUGUCUCCCAAAUGGAAAAACUUCAGGGGUCUGAAGCUGCUCUGGAGGGACAAGAUCCGCCUCAACAACGCCAUCUGGAGGGCCUGGUACAUGCAGUAUGUGGAGAGAAGACGGAAUCCUGUUUGCCAUUUUGUGACCCCUCUGCAUGGAAACAUUGACCUGGAAGCGCAUCGUACCUCAGAGAUGAUCACCACCGAGGGCAAGUGCUGGAAGAGAAGAAUAGAAAUUGUCAUUCGAGAGUACCACAAGUGGAGGGCCUACUUCAAGAAAAGAUUGCAGAAGCACAAGGAUGACGAUCUGUCGAGUUUGCUCAAGGGGCCCAAGGAGCAGUUAGCGCUGUUUGGGGAAGUCUCUCCAGACAUGCUCCGUGCUUGCUUUUGUCAGGAUGAAGAGAGCCAGGCCCCGGUACCCAUGGAGCUGGAGAGUCUCUUUGACAUGGAGGUGCUAAUGUCUGAGGUGUCCGACACGCUCUUCUCCACCUUGGUCUCACACCAGACCACCGCCUGGCCCAACCCCAGGGACAUUGCUCAUGCGGCGAAUGCAGACAUGAUCCAACCAGGACUCAUGCAGUUACAGCCCAACCUGGACUUCUCUUUUGAUCCACUACAAGACUUAUUUCACAGCCUCCGUCUGCCCGUCUUCCUUCCCGUUUCCCCCACUGCGCCAUCAGUCACCCCACUGCCCAGCAGCAGCUCUCCGUCGCAGGGCCAGUUAAUGUCAUCCAUGCAGCCCGCAGACAGCCACGUCCCUUCUCCCAUAACCAGUGGGACUAGUGCUGCUGCCAUUGUGGACAACUACUUGCCUCCUUAUCCGCGGCAGGCGGCGCUCGGCAACCACGGCACCGUCUCCUCCCGCGAUUCCCUGGUGUCUGAGUGCCACCCGGCGGCGGUGGCAACCAUGGACCCCUCCUCCUUGGAGCCCGUGACAGCUUUGGGUGAGAACGCCGCGAUGUCGCCCUCCUCCGCGGUGGCUGCUGGUUCCACGUGCACACAUCCCCCGCCGCCGCCACCCCAGUUACCGUCCUUAGUUCCGCUGCUUGCCACGCCUGCACCCCAGUCGCCGCCUCCUCACACCUUCGCCCGCCCUCGACACCUCCAGCCAGCCAACGGCAACAAAAAACGAGAUUUGAAGAAGAUUACCCCGGCCAACCCGGUUGCUCCCCAGCAGCUCUUCAUCACAGGAAUCAUCCCAGCCAUGAAAACAGAUGUGACUUCAUCUCCUGGUGUGCUGAUCACUCAUUGUGGUGUGGCUGGUGGAUUCUCUGUCGUACCUCAAACCCAGAAGUCUCCUCAGUGCAUCGUACCCUCGGAAAACUCAUUUUCCUCCACCCACCGAAACCAGGAGCAGUCCUCUAGUACCGUUCAGGGCCAGCCAGGAUCAGGUAAAGGCUCCCCUUGUGCCUUAGAUCAAGUUCCCAGUCCUAAGUCUGUGAUCAGCAGCAGCACAACUCCUCAGAUGCAGAGGAGAGCGCACAUCGCCGAGCAGAAAAGACGAUCAAAUAUAAACCACAGCUUCAAAACACUCGGCAGCCUGGUGCCCACCCUCAACUCCCAAGCCAAUAUCAGUAUUGCCGUCACAAUGCAGAAGACCGUGGAACACAUUGAGAAGCUGAAGCAGGAGAGGGAGCAAAUGCAGGAAGACAUCAGGAGACUGCAGGAAGAGAUCACCAGCCUCAAGGCCUCCAUCAACCUGUGUCAUGACCAGAUGCCGGCCACGGGAGCGCAGGUCACGCAGCAACGCUUUGACCACAUGCAGCACAACUUCAAUGAGUACGUCAAGCAACGUUCCCGGCAGAACUGGAAGUUCUGGAUUGUAUCCUCUGUGCGUCUGUUGUUUGUGUUUACAGUCUGA